AUGGCGUCGCUACCUACGGAGACACCUGAAAAGAAAGAUGCUGAAAAGACGCUGCCCGGAGGCAGGAAGAUCAUCAACGGCAUCAUCUACGAUGCAGAUGGCAAGCCAUGCCGGACCUGUAACGACAUGAGCGCGCUGUUCGCACUUGGCGGCAAGAAGAAGCGCGCCGCUCUCCCUCCCGCUCUCCCCAAAGACUGCCCCCCAGACGUCGCACAGCUCGGCCGCUCGUCCUGGACCCUGCUGCACUCCAUAACAGCAACGUAUCCCGAGAACCCACCGUCAUCAUUGCAAUCCGAGACAUCCAGCUUCCUGCGCACAUUUGGCAAGCUGUACCCGUGCUGGGUGUGCGCGGAGGACUUCCAGGACUGGAUGAAGACCAACACGCCGCGGGUCAGCAGUCGCAGCGAGUUCGGACAGUGGAUGUGCGAGGCGCAUAACGCGGUGAAUGUCAAGCUGGGGAAGAAAGAGUUUGACUGCACGAAGUGGGAGGAGAGGUGGAGGACGGGGUGGAAGGACGGGCGUUGCGAUCCUUGA